UUAGCUACCUCUGCAAAGAUUAGAAAAUGUCGAUGAAGACUAGAGAUUUCUUUACAUGGACCGACGACGAGGUGGAACUUUUACUUAAAGUUACAAUGGAAUAUAAAACAGCCAUGGCGGCAGAAAACACAGACUGGGAGUCGUCGCAAACCAAAUACUGCGACAUAUUGGAAAGGUACCGGGAGCAUUAUCCAUCGCCAGAGGAAGCCACAACAAUGGGAAAGGUGUACCUCAACAAUAAGGACGAAAUCACUAAAGGGCAAUUGACAACAAAACUCAAGGCUGUACGAAUCAGCUACAGGCGAGCGGUAGAUGCUGGUCGUCGAAGUGGCCAUGGGCGAGUAGUUUUGCUCUAUUUUGAGCUCUGCGAGUCAAUUUGGGGAGGCUCUCCUGCAACGCAUACGAUUCAGGGGGGUAUCGAGACCGGCAACGUGGCGGCGGAGGCCACGGAGUUCUCCAGCCCAGCUGGUUCUGGGUCAUCUGCGGCCCAGUUUCAAGAGAGUGCUGUGUCUCCCGAGAUGACGGUGAAUCGACGCCAGAGACUCACCGCUACCCUGUGUGGCCACAGGAGAGAACGAUUGAAGAGAAAACUCUCCGCAAAUUCCGUUGCACAGGAAGACCUGGACAUAAAGAGACAGCUCCUUAACAGACUUGAGGCAACAGACAACGAAUUCUGUUCCAUAUAUCACAUAAGGAAGGUCCUCCAUGUUUAUGUCCAUCGGCCUUCUCAAAGCCGCAAACCGUGCCUUCAAACGUUCGAAUGA